AGAAUCUACACACACACACACUCGCACACAAAUAGAUGCGGGCAUCGUUCAAUUAAAUCAUAAAAAGUGAAGCUAAUCAGAGUCGAAAGUAUUUGUGGUUUCGGUUGCAACUACAAAGAAUAUUGAUUAAAAUACAUAAUUAAAUAACGCCAACGUGCCAACGUGCUUGCCUUGAUUAAUUCUCUGGAAGUGUGUGGAAAUUGUUGUAUAAUCGCCAAAACGCCAACGCGAGAACUUGUUGAACGCAAAAAAAAUUAGUCGACGCGCAGCAUAAGCAAAAAAAAAACUAAAUUAAGAAAAAAUCGCGUCUCACCUCUCUCUGCCCUCCGCGCUACCAACUCGGCGUGCGUGCUUGUGUGUGUGGACAACAUACAUACACACAUAUAAAUUAAUAAACUACCUACAGCGGCUGCCCAAAAAGCUACCACUAAAGCAAGUAGAGAGACUACGUCAUGCAAGCGAUCAAAUGCGUUGUGGUUGGCGAUGGCGCCGUGGGCAAGACCUGCCUGUUGAUCAGCUAUACGACCAAUGCCUUCCCUGGCGAAUAUAUACCCACUGUCUUUGACAACUACUCGGCCAAUGUGAUGGUCGAUGCGAAGCCCAUCAAUCUGGGUCUCUGGGAUACAGCCGGUCAGGAGGACUACGAUCGUCUGCGUCCACUCUCCUAUCCACAGACCGAUGUCUUCCUCAUCUGCUUCUCGCUGGUCAAUCCGGCCUCGUUCGAGAAUGUGCGCGCUAAGUGGUAUCCAGAGGUGCGUCACCACUGCCCCAAUGUGCCGAUCAUACUCGUCGGCACGAAGCUGGACUUGCGCGACGAUAAAGCCACGCUCGAGAAACUGAAGGACAAGAAGCUCACACCCAUUACCUAUCCACAAGGCUCGGCCAUGGUUAAGGAAAUCGGUGCCGUCAAGUAUUUGGAGUGCUCCGCACUCACACAGAAGGGUCUGAAGACUGUUUUCGAUGAGGCUAUACGCUCAGUACUGUGUCCCCCAAAUCCCAGGCCUAGGCGGAACAAGUGCGUCCUACUGUAGAUAUAUAUACACGAUAGCAACUUACAAAAAUAUCUAAUAUACCUAUGUAUGUCUGGGCGUAGGGUGAACAGAGACGCGGGAGCGGCGAGUGACGAAGUUUGUUGUUGUUAUUGUUGUUGUUGUGGUAGUGGUAGUGUACAGAACAAAGCGCAAAAAAUUUGCAAAACUGUUUCGUAUUUGUAGUUGUAUUGUGCUUAUGUGUGCAUUUAUGUAUGUAUAUAUACGCAUGUAUGUGGUAUUCGUACAGUCGAACCUCUCUAUAAUGGAUACAUAAAGUUUAAUUAGUUUAUAUUUGUUUAGCCAAUCUUGAACUUUAGUGCAUGCUAAGUUAAAAGGAUUUUAUAUGUAUUUUGAUUUUUUUAUAUUCAAAUAGCUUAGCUAUAGCAAUAUAUUUCUUUUUUUAAUGAAUCUUGGAAUCAACCGAAACUAUAUAGAGAAAAGCAUGCAAAGUGUUUUCAAAAAAGGUCAUAUGGCUUUACAGUUUUUUAGUUGCUUAGAAACCGACUAAUGUUGAAGAACAUAAAUACAUAUAAAAUAUGUACAUUUUUACUGAUAAAUAUUGGAAAUAUUUAUGGAUAUCACGAUUUAAUGAAAUUCACAACCAAAUAAAUCCAAUUGGGAUAAAUCAACUAAUUCUUCGUACGAUCAAAGCACUUAACAUUUAAGCAUAAAGUAGAAACAAAUACCUGGAAAAGUGAAAAGCAAGUGCAUUUUUCUGGGCAUACUUUAAAUGCGGAUUUCCUUUAUAGAGAGGCCGAUUGUAGGAGGUUAGUUGGCUGCAUUUGUGUAUGUGGCACACAGUCACCAAAGUAUUUCGGUUUUUAUUGGCUGCCCUCUGUGGGGGAUGGAUGGGAGGGAGAACAGCUCAACAUUGAACGGAUUCAAUUUUUAAGCGGUGCGUGUGGGGCACAUACAUAUAUAUACAUACAUACAUACAUAUACAUAUGUAUAAGUAUAUAAUAUAUAAGUAUGCAUAAUAUGAAGCAGUGAAGCAGGAACAAAAGAUAUGUAUGAGUUUAUUAUUCACAUGCAACUCAAAUGCCAACCGCUGCUCAGUAUGCAUGACUUAUGCAACAGGAAUUCAUUGGAAAUACAAGCUAUAAUAAUUAUAAUUAAUUGUAAAUAAGGCGAGACAGUUUUAAGCAAUCACAAAUCUAUGUAUAUAUAUAUAAAUUAAUAUAUACUUAUAAUCAAAUAUUAAAUCAAAAUCUGAGAUAAGACAUAGCACAUACCAAGAAAUAUAAAUAGAAAGGCUCUGCGCCCUGUUUGCUUAUCACAGCAACAACUUCAAUCGAACAAAUUUCUUUAUAUGUAUGUAUAGUAAGUACACACAUACAUACAUACAUGACUUUAUUUCUGCUUCACCUUUGGUUGAUAAAAUUAAAAGUACAUAUUUUCUAAUAGGACUUCUGUGUGCAAGUUGCUAUAAAAUGAAUCAAAUAAUAGGCGGACAAUUGUAAAAGUAUUUCAUAUUUAAUAUUAGAUUAGUUGCUUUAAUCUGUUUAUUUGUUUGUUUGAUUGCUUUUGUGCAACAACAUUGAUAAUUGAUAGUCUUCCCCAAAUUGCGCAAAGUGCAAGCAAAGCAAAAAUUUAUGGCUCUGUCUGGAUUAAAAGCAUUUGCCAAUUCAAUGCUAAUAUAUAGUAUGUAUUCAAAUAAUUUAUUUAAUGUUUUAUGUGCAAUGCAAUGUCUCUGUACUAAAUAAAGUAAUUAGCCACUACAACCAUGUUAAUUUAAUUUUAACAUUAAUGACCAAAUGUGCUUUACAAUUGUAUUUAAUGUGCUUACAUUUAACGUAGUUUUUUUAUACACAAACCAUAAACAACCACACAAAAAAAUGUAUUUAUAUUAACAUAGCUUACCAUAUCAAGUAAAUGUAAUUAAAAUUGAAAAACAGCU